CAUCCGCCAUUUUGAGCGAAGCAAAGUGGCCUUCACGUUCCCUGAGCGUCUUCUUCGCUUUUGCCUCGACCGCCCCUUGAUCACAGACAUGUCUCGGGAUCGGUUCCGGAGUCGCGGCGGUGGCGGAGGCGGCUUUCACCGGCGCGGAGGAGGCGGUGGCCGCGGCGGGCUCCACGACUUCCGCUCCCCGCCGCCCGGCAUGGGCCUUACUCAGAACCGCGGGCCCAUGGGGCCUGGCCCGGGCCAGGGUGGCCCAAAGCCCCCGAUCCCACCACCGCCUCCCCACCAAGUACAGCAGCAGCAACAGCAACAGCAGCAGGUACCGUCGCAGCAGCCUCCGCCACAGCAGCAGCCACCGCCACCGCCGCAUCAGCAGCCGCCACCGCCGCAUCAGCAGUCACAUCAACAACCACAUCAGCAGCCGCCGCCGCCACAGGACUCGUCUAAGCCUGUCGUUCCUCAGGGACCCGGCCCGGCUCCUGGAGUAGGCAACGUUCCGCCGGCCCCUGGCUCCGCUCCUCCUGCCACUCCGCCGACCUCUGGGGCCCCUACAGGGCCAGGUCCCACCCCGACUCCACCGCCAGCGGUCACUACGGCCCCGCCCGGUGCGCCUCCACCCACGCCGCCGAGCAGUGGGGUGCCGACCACUCCCCCUCAGACCGGAGGCCCGCCGCCUCCACCCGCAGGGGUCCCGGGCCCGGGGCCUAAGCAGGGCCCAGGACCUGGCGGCCCUAAAGGGGGCAAAAUGCCAGGCGGGCCGAAGCCCGGCGGUGGCCCUGGCCUAAGCACUCCUGGCGGCCACCCCAAGCCGCCGCAUCGCGGUGGCGGGGAGCCCCGCGGGGGUCGGCAACACCACCUUCCCUACCACCAGCAGCAUCACCAGGGGCCCCCGCCCGGCGGACCAGGCGGCCGCAGUGAGGAGAAGAUUUCCGAUUCGGAGGGGUUUAAAGCCAACUUGUCUCUCUUGAGGAGGCCGGGAGAGAAAACUUACACACAGCGCUGCCGGCUGUUUGUUGGGAAUCUACCUGCUGAUAUCACAGAAGAUGAAUUCAAAAGACUAUUUGCUAAAUAUGGAGAACCAGGAGAAGUUUUUAUUAACAAAGGCAAAGGAUUUGGAUUCAUUAAACUUGAAUCUAGAGCUUUGGCUGAAAUAGCCAAAGCUGAACUUGAUGAUACACCUAUGAGAGGUAGACAGCUUCGGGUUCGCUUUGCCACACAUGCUGCUGCCCUUUCAGUUCGUAAUCUUUCACCUUAUGUUUCCAAUGAACUGUUGGAAGAAGCCUUUAGCCAGUUUGGUCCUAUUGAAAGGGCUGUUGUAAUUGUGGAUGAUCGUGGAAGAUCUACAGGGAAAGGCAUUGUUGAAUUUGCUUCUAAGCCAGCAGCAAGAAAAGCUUUUGAAAGAUGCAGUGAAGGUGUUUUCUUACUGACAACCACUCCUCGUCCAGUCAUUGUGGAACCACUUGAACAAUUAGAUGAUGAGGAUGGUCUUCCUGAAAAACUUGCACAGAAGAACCCAAUGUAUCAAAAGGAGAGAGAAACGCCUCCUCGUUUUGCCCAGCAUGGCACAUUUGAGUAUGAAUAUUCCCAGCGCUGGAAGUCCUUGGAUGAAAUGGAAAAACAGCAGAGGGAACAAGUUGAAAAAAACAUGAAAGAUGCAAAGGACAAAUUGGAAAGUGAAAUGGAAGAUGCCUAUCACGAGCAUCAGGCAAAUCUUUUGCGCCAAGAUCUGAUGAGACGUCAGGAAGAAUUACGACGCAUGGAGGAGCUUCAUAAUCAAGAAAUGCAGAAACGCAAAGAAAUGCAGUUGAGGCAAGAGGAAGAACGACGUAGAAGGGAGGAAGAGAUGAUGAUUCGUCAACGUGAGAUGGAAGAACAAAUGAGACGCCAAAGAGAGGAAAGUUACAGCCGGAUGGGCUACAUGGAUCCAAGAGAAAGAGACAUGAGAAUGGGUGGUGGAGGAGCAAUGAACAUGGGAGAUCCCUAUGGUUCAGGAGGCCAGAAAUUUCCACCUCUAGGUGGUGGUGGUGGCAUAGGUUAUGAAGCCAACCCUGGAGUUCCACCAGCAACCAUGAGUGGUUCCAUGAUGGGAAGCGACAUGCGUACUGAGCGCUUUGGGCAGGGAGGUGCGGGGCCUGUGGGUGGACAGGGUCCUAGAGGAAUGGGGCCUGGAACUCCAGCAGGAUAUGGUAGAGGGAGAGAAGAGUACGAAGGCCCAAACAAAAAACCCCGAUUUUAGAUGUGAUAUAUAGGCUUUCAUUCCAGUUUGUUUUGUCUUUUCUUGUUUAGAUAUCAACCUUUUAAAUUCUUGCAUUUUAGUAAGAAAGCUAUCUUUUUAUGGAUGUUAGCAGUUUAUUGACCUAAUAUUUGUAAAUGGUCUGUUUAGGCAGGUAAAAUUAUGUAAUGCAGUGUUUGAAACAGGAGAGAUUUUUUUUCCUUUUUUUUUUUUUUUUUAAACUGUAUAAUGACCCUAAAGUUACGGCAGUGUACCUUGUGCCACUGAAUUUCCAAAGUGUACCAAUUUUUUUUUUACUGUGCUUCAAAUAAAUAGAAAAAAUAGUUAUAAUACUGAUCUUCAGCUUUGCCAUUCAUGCUUCUGUGCACAUUAGGCUAGGUAUUCCACUUUGAAAGCAUGAGAGUGUCUAGGCCUUUGAAUGGUGUAUGCCAUUUCUGGGAAAUUUAUUUGGAGGCUAAGUAUUGCUUUCUGCAAAUAACUGUCCCCUCGUUUUAAAAAAGAAUGCAUUUUGAAGCAGUUUCAUGAUUUGAUUUGUUUGGCAUUAUAAGAAGCAAGCUGGUGCUAAGUAUUUUUAAAUGGUUAAAUGGUCUGAACUGUAAAUCUUCAUUCAGGAAUGUGUAUUAAGAUUAUGGAAUGGGUGUCAAAACCAUUGGUAGGGGAAGAAGAGAGGGUUUGGCUAACUGGAUCUUUUAUGGCCCUAUAAUAUCAUUUCUUUGAAAGUUUUUGAAGAAAAAGUGGAAAGAUCAUUCUGUUGCAUUCCCCCCAUUCUUGUCUUUAAAAGAACAAAUCCCAAGCCCUACAAAUGGCUUGUAUUGAACUUUUACAUUCGAAUUAAAGAUUAUUAAACAUGAAUCCUUUUCAUGUAUUACUUUAAGUGAUUUAUAAAGAUGGGGUUUAGUCUGAAAAAGUCAGCUUGAAAGUAAGGAAGGUUUAGUAACCAUAAAGCAGGGCUAGCAAUACAUUUGUACUCUGUAACUUUUACAUCUCCUUGUGCUACUUCUGUUGAGCAAAAGCUGUAGGAGUAUAAAAAUCUAUUGGUUCUCUUUCUAAGAGUUAGUGGUGACUGGAAAUAAUAGGUUUGCAGAUAACCAAUCUUACUGUAAAUUUGUUGAUCUGUUUUUUAUAGUUUCCAUUUGAUGUAGCACUAAAUCUGGAGACAGUUGCUCAUGCUACACAGUACAAAUAGCCCUUUUCCCCCCACCAUAAAGCUCUUGGAGUGUUUCAGUGGUGUUGUCAGUUUGUCAACUUCAUUGAAUCUCCUUCCACUGGAACAAGACAUUUUGACUUACUAUUAAAUUAGAUGGUUUACUGUUGUUUGUUAGUACAAUGGGAGUCUGAAUUCCCAGUGUAAAUGUUAGUGGAGAAAUGAUUUGCUAAUAAUAGGUAAAGUAAUGAAUGAAUGGUUUGGCUUUGUUCUUAGUUAUGUUUCCAUUCAAAUUUGUACAUUUCAGAACUCCUAUGGAAUUCGUCUUCUUCUUUUUCACCUCUGUUCUUGGUGCUAAUUGGCAAAAGUAAAAUUCUAAAUCAAACCUUUGUUAAAAUGCUGAAGUUUAGUGAUGUGCCUGAGUACAAAAGGAAACCUUUUGUUGAAACAAUUGAGCACUUUGUGAAUAGGAAAUAGGAUAAUACUAAAAGUAAAACAUCGGUGGAGUAUAAAGGCAUGUCACCAAAUUCUGGUUGUGACUGAUGGUACAUGGUGUGCUAACUGAGGGAAAGAAUCUCAUUUCUGUUCACCAAGACACUUGGAAAUGGGUAGUUCUACCAUAACUAUGUCAGUGAGUAGAAAGUUUUGUCCCAAGUCAUUAAUUGGUAAUACGCAUGAGCUUUUUCUGACAGAAAAAAGGGUCUUGAUUUGAAAGGACUCCGUUAUAAUUUGGGUGCAUUGUAUAGUAGGGACUUUACUAAUGACAAAAUGUAAGAGGUGUUCAUGGGACACCUACAGAGGGUGAACUUGAAUGUGUGUGGGUGGGGGCUGGUGGGGAAGCGGGAAAAUCUGCCUAUAAAAUUAAUGUUUCAGUUUAUUUUUCAGAUUACAUGCCUUUCUUUAUAAGGGAUGCUGGCACAGACCCCUAAAAUAAGCUUUUGGUAGUACUGUACCUUUGAAGAGUGGUGAAGGAUGCUAAUGGAUAAUCUCCUGAAGUUGUGGCUUUUGAUACCCUUACUGUGGGCUGUAGAAUUGCUAAACGUUGUUUAGCAAAUAAUGUUGCUUAGUUUCAACUGAUAUUUGACUUUCAUCACUGAAACAGCAGUGUAUCUACCAAGGGUUAUAAGCUAUUCAGACUUUCAACAAGUCUUGUAAUGUGUAUGAUAGUUUUCAGCCUAAUGUGAGUUUAAAUCAUCUUAAAAAGUAGUUUCCUAAAAGCUGACAAUGCAACUUGGGGUGGGAAAGGGAAAAUAGUAGUUUUGAAGUAUUUUAACAUUUUUUCUCGUUUAAAGAAACCACCUGCCCCCAUUUCCCCUUCUCUACUUUCUCUCAUAAUUUUAAGAGGAACCCUGGUCGUUUUUAAACUUACUCUUCCCAAUCUCUAAAAACUGCCUUCUCUAAGACCCCAGUAUGUUUAAUAGGUAUCUGAUAAGCUUAACCCAUUGGCUCACAUUAUUUAGAGAAACUGUAGUCUUCUUUGCU